AUUAAAAUCCUGCAUAAAUCUCUAAAAUUAAAUCUUUGGUCUGUGUUCGAAUGUGUCCAGGAACGAUUUGGGAUGUUUUUUUGGAAACUGAACUAACCAUGGCUUCACUUGUUUUCGCUGCGUUUAACUGGAGUGGUGUUGUUUGCUCUCAAACAGAGGAAAACUGUAAAACAGACCACAGGCAAACAUACACAGAAACAGCGGGGCGAAGCGGCUCAGAGAACAAAACGAGUAAAUCUGAGGGUAAGGAAGGAGAUCUUUUAUGCCAUUAUUUUAAGCUACUAAUCAGUUUAACUUCCAAUCUAGGACAACAAAGACGUCUGCUUGUUUAAAAACCUAUCUAUAGAAUCCCAGAAAGAGGUAGAAAUGUUUUUCAGGUUUUAUUGCACUAACUACCCCAAAUCAAUUAAUUAUUAUAGAACACGAAGAUAAAUAUAAAGUAGUCACAUUUAAGGUGCUAACAUGAUUGAUUUCUUUGUCGUUUUCUUUGAAAACUGGGCAAUUCAUGUGUCUUAAUAACUGAUAAGAUUGAUUAGGAUGGAUUCUUUGAGCUUCAGUGCAGUCUUUUUAUCCUUGCAAAUUCCUGAAAUGACAGAAGGAAAAUCUACCGCUAGCUUGUCCUGAUCCCAAGUCUCUGGACAUAGAUCAAUCAAUCUAUAAAGACCAACAAACUUUUUCCAACGACCAUAUAUAUCGUGUAUUGUGAGGGAGAUUUAACCUUCAACAAAGGCACUUAAAACAUCCAAUACUUGCAAAAAGGUUGAAAUUGGUAUCCAUCAAGACGAGGCGUAAACAUCUACUUUCUACUCUGCAGUUACAGGGAAUAACAAGUUUCUGAAAACAAUUGUGCGUUAUCAUCUGCAUCAUGUAAUACUUUUUUUUCAUUAGGUCCUAUGGGGAUAUUGGAAUUUUAUGUUCGACACUUUUUUAUUCUGCUGUUGCAAUGCCUGGCACCAGUGUCCCAUGCCUAGAAAGCACUGUUGAAACUAAAAUAGAGAGGGAGGGAGGAUUCCUCCACACACAGCUCCAGGGUGGUGAAAAGGUUAAGCCAGCCCCCUCUCUGCUGCUCCCCCCUCCGGCCUGCAGCUCAUCAUCAGUCCAGCACUGCUUGCCUUCACAGCAGCAGCUCGUCUUUACGCACAGACGUGGACAGAUCCGAACUUUACACUACAUUUGGUCGUCUUUCUCCUGUGUCCUUUAACAUCUUAUACGCUCCAAAUGAAAAUCAACAUUUGCAACAGCGGACGCAUGGAGAUCUAACUUUGCUCCAUUUUCUUUUUCUUUUUUUGUUUUUGUUGCCCAAGUCCGUGGAAGUUGUUGUUGUUGUUGUUACUGUUUUGCUGUUCCCUUGGUUUUUUCAUUCUCUUUAUGGUCUGCUAAUGCGUCGGGAAUGCCAUGGCCACUCCGAGCGCACAGCAGCAGCACCAGGAUUAUUACAGAUCGGUGAGCAGCGAGUCCACCACGUACAUGAUGGUCCCGGCCGGCGGACCGAGCGGCACGGCGCGCCGGGAAGCGCCGUCCAAGAUGUGGGUGGCGAUGGUGGUGAUAGUGGUGGUGGUGCUGCAGAUCGCCUCCACAACGGGGCUCUUUCUCUACCUGAACAUGUCCAUAUCGCAGGUGCGUAGUCAGGGGGUCACGGAGGAGCUGAAGUGUCUGAGUUUACUGAACGCUCUGGACAAAGACCAGGACAUCCCAGACCAGCUGGCCCAGCUCUUCGGAGAGCCCUGCAUCAAAUUGGCCGAAGGCAUCAAAGCUUACAUCUCCAAGGUGACGGAGAACAUCAUCUCCAAACAAACCUUCAUAGAAGCAAGAACGAUGCCUCGCACGUUCAACAACUCGGGGUCAAAGUUCAUGACCUCGGUGGCGCAGAGGCCGUCGGCCCACUUGACCCUCCGAGAUACGGGCUCUCAAGGGAUCCCUCCCCACCAGACCCCCACGCCGGGUCUCCACCAGUCCUGUCGCCAUGUGGUCCGUUCGUGGGCCAAUCAGAGCUUUGGAGCUCAUCUGCACAACAUGACGCUAAACAAUGGGAAGCUGCGAGUGCCCCAGGAUGGGCGGUACUACCUGUACUCACAGGUGUAUUUCCGUUAUCCGUCUCCAGCAGCCAGUGAUGGAGACCAGCGCAGCGUCAGCCACCAGCUGGUGCAGUGUGUCUACAAGAAAACGUCCUACCCGAGCCCCAUACAGCUCUUAAAGGGCGUGGGAACAAAGUGCUGGGCUCCAGACGCCGAGUACGCCCUCCACUCCGUCUACCAGGGAGGACUGUUCGAGCUGCGGGCCGGCGACGAGCUCUUCGUCUCCGUCUCUUCACCGACCAUGGUCAACGCAGACGAUUCCUCCAGCUACUUUGGUGCCUUCCGCUUGGACCUCUGAAAGGAAAGGGUUGGAAAGAAAAAUGGAAAAGAUGGGACAAUGAAUGGAUAGAUGAUUGGACUAGAGACUCUUGAAUGUCCAUAGAUUGGAAAAAAAGGGUCAUUUGGAGAGAGAUGUUGGAUUUUUCAUCCUUGACAUUCGCUUGGACGGACACAUUGAAAGAUGGAUGGAUUGGGUUUGAAGGCUUCCCUUUCGUAAAAGCAGCAAAAUGACGGGAAGAAAGGGAAAAGAAACAAUGGAUUUGUCUUCUUUACUUUCCGUUAAGUUAAACCCAACCAUCAAGAACAAGAUAACGAAAGACUCAUGUGCAAUCCCUCGAAAGUCAAUGUGAGGGUUUCCAUUAUCUGAUGACUCUUAGGGAAGGAAAUCACUUAGGUAAAGAAGUAAACCACAUCAAACUUUAUAAACCUUCAAGUCUCUUUGUAAGACGAGAAUCGGCCAAAAAUUAGGCCACCCACGCUGCCCUUUACCAAAAUCCAAACGUAAAUCUCAGCGUAUCUCUCACAUUAACAGCCUUUUUACCGGGAAGCAAUCGGACCCUUCAGAUUCGGAUUCUAGACGGAAGAAUGUAAACACAAUAAAAACUCGAUCCUGUGCAUCGAAGAUGUGAGGAAGGACUGUGGACUUGUAAAGGAAGAAAAUCAAACCAAACCAAAGCAAAAGAAAAUGAGUUUUUUUUUUAAGCGUGCCAUGAGAAUACUGUAUAUAUUAACGGCUAUGAAUGAAAUUUGGAAGAUGAACCGUGCUGAUUUAAAGUGAUUCAUAUGUAUUUUACUUUUGACUGAACUUAAAACCACUUGGACUCUGCUGAGGACUUUCUGUGCAACACUAGAACUGUGGAUUUUACGCAAGGACAUUUUUUUAAGGGACGGAAAUGUUUGCUGAGCAUUGUAAAAAAGACUGUGAGAAGCAGCAAACAGUGCCUUUGGAAGAAAUGACUCUGCAAAGAAAAGGAGGAGUUCAAAUGAAUCCUGUAAAUGUCAAUAAGGACGAGCCCAGCACGAGAGAGGAAGAGGCCGAGAGGAGAAUGCAGCUCGACAAGUCUCUGUUGCUGCUCUCUCUUUCACUUUCCACCGCCAUCUUUGUCUUUCUUUUCAUGUCAAGAACCUUGUCUUUCUCGUCCGGCUGGUGAAGCUGCAUUCAGUUUUUUUUGUUUUAAAGAUCAAACAACCCCGAGGUCAGAACAAAAGUCGUUCAAAUCAAAACAAGGUGACAGAUACGCGUGCAAAAAAAAAAGGCUUGCUGCUAAAAACAGAAAACAACCUUCACAGAGCGUUGUUUAUGUGAUUGUUUCGAUCAAACAGAAAAGGUUUCAUUUGAAGUCUAAGUUCUGAAAGAAUUCAUCCAGAGCAAAGAAAUAUAACCACUUAAAUGCUGUUUGAAGAAUUAGGUAUCCCAAAAAAAGUCGAGACUAUCAGCAUCAAGAUUGAUUUUUCUAAUUUUUUAAGCCUGAAACUGCUGCCAGGGGGUAGGUGUCAGACUACGAGAUACUGUAAACAGCAUGCUGCGGAAACAACUUUUUAUAUAUAUUUUUUUUUUUACAUUUUCCACUGCAAAAAAAUCCUCAGUAAGUGACAUGUUUGACUGUUCAGAGUAGGCAGGAUUGUUAAAAACACAACUUACACAUUUACAGGACAAAUUAGCAAAGAGAUAAGAGGAACAGCUUUGUCCACAGGGGGCGCCAAAAUCAGUUCAAACAACAGUUUCACACAGGAGCUUUAAAGUCAAAAAAAAAAAAAGUUAACUAAAGUAAGAUAUGGAAAAUAUGAGGGGAUGGACUGAAAUUGGAGAAGAUUUAACUUAUUCUAGCAUAGAAACUAAAACUUCAUUUAAAAAACGCUGUGUAGGGUGUAAACUAGCAGGUAUCAUUUUCAUAAUUAGUUUAUUUUUUGUGAAACAAAUGUCAUCACUUUCUGCAUUAACAACCUUGUUUCUGAAGUGUUUACUAUUGACAAUGUGUACAAUAGGAUACGCCAAUCAUUGCUUUAGUUGUUUUAAUUUACAUAUUACACUUUCUCCCCCAACUAUUAUGAACAGUUUGACAUUUUUCCCGCCAAGAAUAAGAUGUGGAAUUGAAAUCCAUUGUUGUGUCUUUCUUCAAAUUUUAAGGCUUAAGUCAGGAGUCGGUUUAACCUCGAGGAUUAUUCUACCACUUUUGGCCUUGUUUCCACUCUUAAUGCUAAGCUAGGCUAAAUCAUCAAUGGACGGUUUGUCUAAUACUUGGAUAUCAAGCAUAUGAACGGAUUUCCAGGAAUGAAAAAACUACUCUUAGUAUAUGUAAACCCUAGCCACUGGCAAUGAGAUUUGUUCAAACAUUGUAGUUCAGUUAGCCAACCAGAUUCAAGAAAAACAUUUGUACUAAAACUGUUUAUAAAGAUGGUCACGUCCAAAAUGGCCGCUCGUAUUCUGGGAAACAAACAUGUUUUCCAAACUCUGAAACAAUAUUUCACCUGGUAACGCACCUGGAGACACACCAACUAUGGAACAUUUUGAGUCUCUAAGUCGAAGCUUGGACAAGAGACAGAUGCACAUAAAGAAAGAUUUUGGCGGAGUGAGCGGGGAUAUUCACAGAUAUAAACUAUGCACAGAACAGCACAAACUCAACCCCUACAUGCCUCCAUAGCACGCACAUGUACAAAAACGGGAUACGCACAUCAGCUCACACCACAUCACGGCUUCUCUGCAGACACACACAUCAUCCACCGUCACAUCCAGUGUAAAGACACAAACACUCUCUUGACACACACUAAUUUAUCUGCAGUGUCUAGCCUCCCUAAGCUGUCUGGUUGUUGUCAGUGAUCAGUCGAAGGCAUGCAGGGAGUGUGUGUGUGUGUGUGUGUGUGUGUGUGUGUGUUAGUGAACUUACAGGGCAUGUUUGUUCAAAGGGCUUGGUUCACAUGGACAAUUCAUAAAACAAGGUCAAACAUGCACAAACAUUUUUAACCUGGUGACAUCCAGGUUAAAUCAUCAUUAUGGCACUGUGGUUCACCUUUACCUGUGUAUAUACUGUGCAAAAACAUCAACCAAUCCUGUGUAUUUUUGUGUGCAAAGAACUUAAUUGAAAUUAAGUUUCAUUUUGUGUUUGAUUGCUGUUUUAGCAGCUUUUUUUCACUGGUUGGCAUGCACCCUGUCACGUUUCUUCUUGGCUUUCUCGCAGCCCAACAUCUCAUAAUCUCCCUCUGUUGAACUUAAAUUGGUUUAUUAUCCAUGGUGAACUUCAACAAAUCAUACGUUUUUCCUUCUUGCACUCCAAGCCAAAACAAAGAGUUCAUUGGAAGCGGUCCAGUGUUGAUGAUAAUGCAACAUACACACGACAACAGCAUAAAUCCCCGGGCCCCAGCUGGGAAAACUUCUGCAUUGAAUGUGUCUGAGAUGUGUUUGUACUGGACUGUUUUGUAGCUGUGAACAUGUGUAGCAUAUUGUUGCUAAGAAAAUAAACAAAUAUUUGAACAUUC